AUCUGAGAAAUGGGAACCCGACAAGGAGAAGUGGUGUGUGUGACCGGCGGCAGCGGCUACAUUGGCUCAUGGCUCGUUCGGCUCCUCCUCGACCGCGGCUACACCGUCCACGCCACCGUCAAGAACCUCGAGAAUGAGCGAGAAACGAAGCACUUGGAGGCCAUGGACGGAGCUCCAUCCCGCCUCCGUCUCUUCCAAAUGGAUCUGCUCCACUACGACUCCAUACUCGCUGCCGUCGACGGUACCACCGGCGUCUUCCACGUGGCUUCCCCCUGCAUCGUUGAUCAAGUUAAAGACCCAGAUCGCGAGCUGUUGGAUCCGGCAAUUAAAGGGACCAUUAAUGUCCUAACGGCGGCAAAAGAAGCUGGUGUUCGGCGCGUGGUGGUGACAUCCUCGGUAUCGGCUAUUAUUCCCAGCCCUAAUUGGCCAGCUGAUAAGGUUAAGGAUGAGGAUUGCUGGACUGAUGAGGAAUACUGCAAGCGCAAGGGGGUAUGGUAUCCACUUUCCAAAACCCUUGCGGAAAAGGCUGCUUGGAAUUAUGCCGAGGAAAAUGGGCUGGACAUUGUUGUGGUGAAUCCAGGGACAGUGAUGGGUCCCAUUAUCCCUCCAGCAAUAAACGCGAGCAUGCUCAUGAUUCUCCGCCUAUUACAGGGCUGCACAGAAGUGUAUGAGGACUUCUUUAUGGGGUCUGUGCAUGUUGAAGAUGUGGCUCUUGCACACAUAUUGGUGUAUGAGAAUAAGUCGGCAACAGGAAGGCACAUGUGUGUCGAGGCAAUAUCUCAUUUUGGCGAUUUUGCUGCAAAGGUGGCCGAAAUUUACCCCGAACACAAUGUGCCUAGGUUACCUAAGGAUACUCAACCUGGACUGUUGAGGAGCAAGGACGCAUCGAAGAAGCUAAUGAGCCUUGACUUCCUUAAGUCUCAAAUACUAAAUUGUGAAAUUUCAAUUCCACUUUCUCUAUCAUCGACGCCGACAAUCACCACCUUCAUCAUCUUCUUUCCGCCGGACUCCGUCUUCUCCACUUCCGGUCCGCCGUCUCUUGCCUACCUCCUCCUUCACUUCUCCCCCCUCUCUCUCUCCCCGUCAUCCCUCCUCUCCCUGCCUUUCGCCUCCAGAGUCCCGUUCCUCUCCCCCGCCAGCCACCUCGUCGUGACCUCUGGCCACCCCGAACAAAUAUCCAUCAACAAUGUCGGAGUCUCUGAUACCCCCAUUUUCGACGACGGAUUUGUCUUCGUCUACGCAAUUGACGGUUUCUUCAACCUAAAUUUCAACAUAGCGUAUGCAGAUCCGGCCAACCUGAACCCUAGAUCCGAUUCUCAGUGCCUGAAGCUGGAAUCAUCCUCUAGAUUUGGGGACGCGCCUGGAGUUUUGGAAUCGAAAGGCUACUCCUUGGAGAUUAACAAGGAUGAAGUUGAUACAGUGAUGGUGAAUGGAGUCGAAGUCACUUUCCCAGUACGAAAGCGAGUGGCUAGUGGUUCACGGGAUCGAGCGAUGAUUGCUUUGCUGGAGAUUGUGGACGAGGAGAUGGAAGUGAUGGAGGACUUUCCGGUGGAGGAAGACAAUAACUCGAUGGCUUUGGGUAAUGGGGAAUUUUGA